UGGUAUCAGUACAGUAGCUACAGUAGAGGGGCGGUAGUAGCUACUGAAGCAAUACACCGAACAGGUGACAGCACACCAGUUCCCUGCACACUAGCCUAGAAAUGAACAGCAACUUAGCCGGAGAUGAAGUUGGGAAACUGUUUGUGGGUGGCUUGGACUGGAGUACAACACAGGAAACUUUGAGAAACUAUUUCUCGCAGUAUGGGGAAGUAGUUGAUUGUGUCAUCAUGAAGGACAAAACCACAAAUCAGUCGCGGGGCUUUGGUUUUGUCAAAUUCAAAGACCCCAACUGUGUCCGGACUGUACUGGAGACCAAACCCCAUAAUCUCGAUGGCAGAAAUAUUGACCCCAAGCCAUGUACCCCCAGAGGAAUGCAACCUGAAAAAGUACGAACCAAGGACGGCUGGAAGGGCAGCAAAGCUGACAGCAAUAAAUCAAAGAAGAUAUUUGUCGGUGGAAUCCCCCAUAACUGUGGUGAACCAGAACUCCGGGAAUAUUUCAAUAGAUUUGGAGUGGUCACAGAGGUGGUAAUGAUCUAUGACGCGGAGAAACAGAGGCCCCGAGGUUUUGGAUUUAUUACUUUCGAGGCCGAACAAUCAGUGGACCAGGCUGUCAACAUGCAUUUUCACGACAUCAUGGGCAAAAAAGUGGAAGUGAAAAAGGCUGAACCUCGGGACAGCAACGCUCCUGGCCAGCUUGGACCUAACCAAUGGGGACCCAGAGGCAUCCUGAGUGCAGCCAAUGGUUGGUCGGCACAGCCUGCCCAGGGCUGGCAGCAGAGUUAUGGGCCUCCGGGAGUUUGGGUGUCUACAGGCCAGCCCUUGGGUGGAUACGGGCCCCCUUUAUCUGCGGGUCGUGGAGCUCCCGCACAGCCCCCCUCGCCAUUCAACGCGUUCCUCGUCACAGCGGCCCCGGCGGGGGGGUUUGGGGCACCUCAGGCCUACGCUCAACAGGGAUACAGUACACCACCUCAGUUUGGGUACAGUUUUGGCACGCCUCAUGGUGACCAGUAUGCACCACAAGGAGUGCCGCCCCCGCCCACGACUCCAGGAACAGGGCCGCUAGGGUUUGCUCCAGCCACCACACCUACUCAGGACAUGAGCAAAGCACCCACGGGACAGCCGGACUUCCCUUACAGCCAGUAUGGCUUGGGUAACUACCCUCAGGAGCCCUCUUCCUACGGACCAACGCGUCCUUCUCACAGUAAUGGUCAGGAUGUGCAGGGAGAAAAUAGUGCAGGUUAUGGUCAGGACCUGAGUGGGUUUGGGCAUACUUUCGCAGACCCCAGCCAGCAGACUGCCCCUUACGGGGCACCAACAGCACAACCGGCAGUGGGACCCCAGGCUACCGCAGCCGUUUUUGCUCGAGUACAGAAUCACAACGUAACGGGCUUCCAUCCAUACCGGCGCUGAGCGUCUUCAACCGCCACAGCGCUCAGUUCUAAAGUCAGGGAAAUGUGUUCUGGUGAUAAGCAAAACUGGAUUUCUGGAUUGAUGUUUUUUGGAACACAAAUACACACAAUUUGAGAAAAAGUGAACUCAUAAAACCAGGGAUUCCAAUUACUUCUGUUACUAUGUCACUUGAUGUAAAUGUUGAUGUAGGACUUUUGCAUAACCUGUUGAAAUGAAAGAACCUUUGUUUCUCCCCCCAUGUUUUAUAGUAGGACUUAACUACUUUGCAAUAGGUUUUGAUUUUCUGGUCAAACAAUAGCACAGAGAAUGGAAAAAUUAUAUAUAUAUAUAUAUAUAUAUAUAUAUAUAUAUAUAAGGAUAUGUAUAUUUAUGCUGGAUACAGAAAUGAAAACAGGGUCUCAAGUUUCCUCAGCUUUAAAUUCUAGGGAAAAUGUUUUUAUUUUUCAUUUGGUGGAUUUUGUUUACUUUCUGAGCCUUUAUUUUAAAGUUUGUUUAAAAUGGAAAAUAUGAAUAUAUAUUAUACACAAUUUGUGCAAUUUUUUAAGACAAUUUUGUACUAAAAAUGUACACUUUGCUUGUUUUUUAUUUAAAGAUGUAGACUUCCCUCAGGUGGCUGUUUGAGUGCAUUUUGCACUUAUGCAAAAAGAAAAGGAACUUAUUUCAAAUAAAAGAUAUCCUGCCUCUU